CCCAGCGUGCCGUGCGCAUGGCAUAUAGGAAGCUGGCGUGGCGCAGCGAUAGCGCGCGGCGACCUGUGGGCGGGACUUCCGGCGCGAUGAAUCGUCUUCCGGCCGUGCUUGAUGGGUCUGGCCGGUCUUCUGACAUGAAGCCCCCUGGACCUAGAAAUUGGUUCCUUCUGUGACAUGCCCACCAUGUGGCCACUUCUUCAUGUCCUCUGGCUUGCUCUGGCCUGUGGCUCUGUUCACACCACCCUGUCAAAGUCAGAUGCCAAAAAAGCUGCCUCAAAGAUGCUGCUGGAAAAGACUCAGUUUUCAGAUAAACCUGUCCAAGAUCGGGGUCUGGUGGUGACAGACAUCAAAGCUGAGGAUGUGGUUCUUGAACAUCGUAGCUACUGCUCAGCAAGGGCUCGGGAGAGAAACUUUGCCGGAGAGGUCCUAGGCUAUGUCACUCCGUGGAAUAGCCAUGGCUAUGAUGUUGCCAAAGUCUUUGGGAGCAAGUUCACACAGAUCUCACCAGUCUGGCUGCAGCUGAAGAGACGUGGUCGUGAGAUGUUUGAAAUCACAGGCCUCCAUGAUGUGGACCAAGGGUGGAUGCGAGCUGUCAAGAAGCAUGCCAAAGGUUUGCGCAUAGUGCCCCGGCUUCUCUUUGAAGACUGGACUUACGAUGAUUUCCAGAAUGUCUUAGACAGUGAGGAUGAAAUAGAAGAACUCGGCAAGACCGUGGUACAGGUGGCAAAGAACCAGCAUUUUGAUGGUUUUGUGGUGGAGGUCUGGAGCCAGUUGCUGAGCCAGAAGCAUGUAGGCCUCAUCCACAUGCUUACUCACUUGGCUGAGGCGCUGCACCAGGCCAGGCUGUUGGUCAUUCUGGUCAUCCCACCUGCUGUCACCCCUGGGACCGACCAGCUGGGAAUGUUUACACACAAGGAGUUUGAAAAACUGGCCCCUGUACUAGAUGGCUUCAGCCUCAUGACAUACGACUACUCCACAUCACAACAGCCUGGCCCUAAUGCUCCAUUGUCAUGGAUUCGAGCCUGUGUCCAAGUCCUAGACCCCAAGUCACAGUGGCGAAGCAAGAUCCUCCUGGGGCUGAACUUCUACGGCAUGGAUUAUGCAGCCUCCAAGGAUGCCCGUGAGCCUGUCAUUGGGGCCAGGUACAUACAGACGCUGAAGGACCACAGGCCCCGAGUGGUAUGGGACAACCAGGCUGCGGAGCACUUCUUUGAGUACAAGAAGAAUCGCGGCGGCAGGCAUGUUGUCUUCUACCCAACUCUGAAGUCUCUGCAGGUGCGGCUGGAGCUAGCCAGGGAGCUGGGCGUCGGGGUCUCCAUCUGGGAGCUGGGCCAAGGCCUGGAUUACUUCUAUGACCUGCUGUAGGCUGGACAGCAACACCCAAGAGACUACGGACUUUUCUAAGCCAUGGAGUGACUGGUGAAAUACAGGCCUCUUCUCUGUU